AUGCAUUCUGCAAAAGAUUAGCUCAUUAAAUUUCGAUAAUAUCUUUUAAAAGAGACAACUGAAAGAAACAAAGGUUAUCUAACUAAUACAAAAAUUUGCAUUCUUUUUUUACAUUUAACAAUCAAUCAAUAAAUAAAUAAGAUUUUUGAUUGA